CCCUAGGGUAAAAAAAUGGCGGGAAAAUUUGGUGCCAUGAGAACAUUGGGCGCCCUUUCUCUUCCUCUUCCUCCACCUCUAUAUAAACCCUUCCCUCCAUUUCUAUCCCCAUCGUCAAUCUUUUCCGUUUACCGCAGAGUUUGCAUAAUGGCCCAACCCCAAUCGGAGUCCCACGCCAAUAACGGCUCCUGCGAGCCACUGCUCAAAAUCCCCAAACUCUACCAAAACGACGACGUUUCCGCAACCGCUCCCUUUCUCCGCGUGAAGAAGCUCUCCGACAAGGCCGUUUUGCCUUCUAGGGCUUCCCCUCUCUCCGCCGGUUACGAUCUCUCUAGUGCGGUGGAGACGAAGGUGCCGGCGAGAGGGAAGGCUCUGGUGGCCACUGAUAUCAGCAUCGCCAUUCCCGAAGGAACCUAUGCUCGCGUUGCGCCACGAUCGGGGUUAGCGUGGAAGCACUCGAUCGACGUGGGUGCAGGUGUGAUUGACGCGGAUUACAGGGGACCGGUUGGGGUGAUACUGUUCAACCAUUCGGACGUGGAUUUCGAGGUGAAGGUUGGGGAUAGGGUUGCGCAGCUCAUCAUUGAGAAGAUUGUGACCCCUAAUGUUUCGGAGGUGGAGGAUUUGGAUGAAACUGUGAGGGGGGAAGGUGGGUUUGGAUCCACUGGUGUUUGAUUUGUUGUGUUCUGCUGGUGAUUUUGUAGAGCAGUUGGUGGAGGAGUGAACGAGUGAACCCAUUAUCUAUGGAUCUUACCAAACUCUACUGUAUGCUAGUGUCUUGUGUACUCCAGUUAUGGUAAUGGUAUAAUGAGCGAUUUGAAUUUCGAUGUAGAAAAGUAAACUCUCGCCAAAAUUUAAGAUCUUAGUAUUAUUAAGUAAUACAUGCUUUCAAAAUUAGAUUUUUUUUUGUUAAAAAUA